GGCGGAAGGCUUCAUGGCACUAAUGUAAAAAAACACAGUGGGUUUUGAUAGACGUAUUAAACCCAUGUUGUAUUACUCUGGAUAAUCAUCAGGCAUAUAAUUAACGUGGUAAUUAAUGUUAAGCAUCUGAGUAAAGUUAGCGUUUAAAGGAGCAAAGAAAAACGUAUUUCCAGAUCAUGUUGGAAAACUCGCCAUCUCCUCUGCCUGAGAGGGCCAUUUAUGGGUUUGUUCUCUUUCUCGGAUCACAGUUUGGCUUCUUUCUGUAUUGCUUAUGGGCUUUCGUGCCAGAGGAUUGGCUUAAUUCAAUAGGGCUCACUUACUGGCCUCAAAAGUACUGGGCUCUUGCGAUGCCAAUCUACCUGCUGGUCGCAAUAACAGUCUGUUUCAUUCUGUUAUUUGGUGUGAACAUGAGCAACACGGCACCGCUGGACUCUGUGGACAACAUCACAGAUGUGUAUGCACAAGGCCAGAGCACCGAGUCCUGCCGUAACGGAGGAAUACCCCGAUUGAAGGAUGUGUCGAUUAGUGAAGUCAACAAAAUGUUCUAUUUAUCACCCAGUAUGUAACAAGCACAGUCUGAUACUGCUGUGGACAGAGCAGAAGUAAAGCUGCAGGGGUUUUAUUUUGGUGUUACUGUUUGUCUUUUUUUAUGAAAUGUUUUGUGCCUUAUUUAUAAGAAGAUAUAUUCUGUUGACUUUUUUGUUGUUUAAGCGUCUUUAUAAUGGUUAAAUGUGAAUACACUGGUCACAAUAAGAUGCAUAUUGAAUGAAAACAAAAGUAAAUGGCUGUACUGUCUAUGUUAAAAUACAGAAUGUUUAUAUUUAUUAUUCUGUGCAAUAAACAUAUCCUAAAUAAUCAUA